AUGAUAGAGACAGCGCUUGGUAGAGCUAUAUACCAGGCAAUAAAAGAAAAGGAAGACUACAAAGAAAAAAAGAUGGUUGAAAAUGCAACAAAGCUUGCAAAAGAAAAAUUGGACAAGACAACAGGAAAUGAGUUUUUGGAAACAGCUCUUUAUGGACCAAAGAGAACAACAAGGGAAAAUGAAGAGAGUUCCUGUUCUGCAGACAAUGAGAACGUUGAAGCUGAUGAGACAGAGAAGACUGGAAAUGACAUGGAUCAUAUCAGUAAAAAUGAUGAUGAUAUUGACAAUCAAGAGGAUUUUUAUAAUAAUGCUCUUCCUCUUUUACAACAAAUUGCCAGAUCUGUUUCUGCUCUCGAGGAGAGAUUAGAAAGACAACAAUAA